GUUAUUUGAAUUAAGCUAUCACAAUAUACACAGUGCUCGGAGCCACAAAGCUCACAUUUUGUCCUUUAAAUAAUACAUUUUCUUAGUAAAAACAAAGUUUCCUCCGAUUUAUAAAGUGCAGUUCUGUAAAGUUUAUAUAUUCUCUAAGAAAAGACGCAAAGUCAAUUUUGCGUGGCUUUUAUUUUGAAAUCCCCUACUUCCUGUUUCCGUCACGUUUAUAGCGUCAUGUUGCAGCGAAAUAAUUCACUUGACUUCCAAAGAUGUAGCCUAGUUUCUUCAGUUGCAUAGUGGUGAACCUGCUUCAUCAUGACCUCAUCAAAUCCUUCAAAACCAUCUCUACAUUUUGGCCAGGUUGUGAUUGGUCCACCUGGCUCAGGUAAAACCACUUACUGCCGGGGCAUGCAAGAGUUCCUCAGCCACCUCGGGCGCAAGGUAGUCAUUGUGAACCUGGAUCCUGCCAAUGAAGGUCUGCCCUAUCCGUGUGCCGUGGAUAUAUCAGAGCUCGUCACUCUGGACGAUGUGAUGGACGGUCUAAAACUUGGCCCCAAUGGUGGCCUUAUCUAUUCUAUGGAAUACUUAGAGGCAAAUUUGGACUGGUUAGAGACCAAGCUGAAGCACCACCACGACUGCUACUUUCUUUUUGACUGCCCAGGUCAGGUGGAACUUUACACUCACCAUAAUUCGGUGAAGAAUAUAUUUGCACAGAUGUCAAAGUGGAAUUUCAGGCUGACCGCAGUGCAUCUGGUGGAUUCCCAUUAUUGUGCUGAUCCGGCCAAGUUCAUCUCUGUACUGUGUACAUCUCUGUCCACCAUGCUGCAUGUUGAAUUGCCACAUGUCAAUGUGCUCUCAAAAAUGGACCUCAUUGAGCAGUAUGGCAAACUUGCAUUCAAUUUAGACUUCUACACUGAAGUUCUGGACUUGACGUAUUUGGUGGAGCAUCUCUCCUCAGACCCUUUCUUCAAAAAGUUUCACCACCUGAAUGUGAAGUUGGCUGAAGUGAUCCAGGACUACAGCUUGGUGUCUUUUGUUCCUCUUAAUGUGCAGGAUAAGGAAAGCAUGACUCAGGUUCUGAGAACUGUGGACAAAGCUAAUGGCUACUGUUUUGGAGACCUGGAGGAGAGGAACCUGCAGGCCAUGAUGUCUGCUUCAGUCGGAGCAGACUUCCAGUUCAGCACAACUCUUAGUGUACAGGAGAAAUACAUGGAGGCCACUGGGAAAACUGUGGAGGAUGUAGUUAUGGACUUGUAACCAUUUUUAUAUUGAUUAAAAAAAAAGUCAAACGAAAAAGCAAUUUGCAGAGGUCUUAUUUCACACAUUCAAACACACUGCAGACACAGUUUCACAAAUGAGCAAAUAAAAUAAAUAAUACAAGAAGUAAUAAAUGUUUUUUGUUCCCCACAUUGAAAUUUGUGUAUUCACAUAACAGUUGAAAUGUUGUUUUUAAAUUGCAAUUUUACAGUAACAAGAAUUGUCUUAAACUAGUGCUGUCAAACGAUUAAUC